AUGGGACUGGAUUACACAGGAGUUAUCAACAUCCGAAUCAAAGGAACAAAGGAGGUAGCUCAAGCAUACAUCCUUUUGAUGACAUGUGGUUUUUCGAGAGCUCUACAUCUUGAAGUAGUACAAGACAUGUCGACCGAAUCAUUUCUAAAAGCCUUUCGUCGCUAUACUGGCCACCAUCGACUUCCGCGCCUUAUCAUUUCAGAUAACGCGUCAACUUUCAUCACUGCAAGUGGCUAUCUAACCAAACUCUUUAACGACCAUCAAGUAACAAGAUUUCUGAACGACCGCAACAUUCAGUGGAAAUUUAUUCCAAAGAGAGUCCCGUGGUACGGAGGCUUUUGGGAAAGGUUGGUUGCAAUGGCAAAAAAUGUACUAACUAAAAUGGUGGGCCUAAACAAGCUAACACUAGAAGAACUUCAGACGGUAGUUUGCGAAAUUGAAGCGGUGCUCAACGAUCGAAAGCUGACAAACAUUCCGUCGGAAAUCGAUGGAUUGACUCCCCUUACACCCUCGCAUCUUCUUUAUGGUGAACGGCUCACUAUCUUUCCACAAGACAUCGCUAUGGAGGAAGAAUUGGAUGACCCCAGUUACGGAGAACGGGCUUCCUUCUUGUCCAAAUCCUACUUCAGGAUUCAGAACGUAAAAAAAUCCUUCGUCCGGAUGUGGAACAACGUCUAUCUACCGUCACUCCGCGAACAUCAUCAAAGAACCCGCGGACCGAUUAAAGAAAUCAUCAAAGUUGGAGAUAUUGUUCAAAUCCACAACGAGUGCAAAAGAUACAGCUGGAAAUUAGCAGUCGUUGAAAAUGUCAUCAGGGGUGCAGAUGGAAAAGUACGCGCAGCAGAUGUCAGGACAGCCAACGGCAAAACCAACAGGCCAAUCAACAAGCUGUACCCCCUAGAACUAUCGGAAGAAGAAGAACCUGUUGUCCCAUCAAGCUUAGCUAAGGAGUCCAUAAUCUCAUCUAACUCAACAACAGACGACGAAAGACCAGCACCGGCAGUAUGGAGACCAGCUCGGCGAGCAGCAGCAAAAAGGGCAGAUUGUCUUAUUUUUUCCAUUGCCCAGCUAGAAUCCAUCAACGAGUUUGAAGAAUGA